GAAGAUAUUGGCUGCGAAGCGGGAGCACAUGCCGAAUUAUUUUUGUGGCAACGGUUUGUUUCCAUGAAAAUCAGCCUUUUCUUUCUUCCAAGAAACAAACACGGUUCCUUGCUUUCUUUUCUCUCUUUGUAAUUCGCAAUACUGAAACACCACCAAAAGCAACUACAUUAAACUUACCAUAAAGCAGAUUUCGUCGAGAGCUAAAACGAAAUCUUGGGUUGAAUUAAUGACUCAAUUCACACCACAAGGGCGUUUGAAGCUGCUCUUUCAGGGGGAUGGUGUGGAACCCAAAGACCCUUUUCAUUACAAUCUUAUUAGCAAUGUUUUUGGUGCUUCUGGUAAGCUAAAAUCCCUUCGAGUUCAUAAAAGUACUACUGGGAGGCUCUACUUUUCUUCUUCUAGUAUGAAGAAAGGCAGCCAAUUUUAUGCAAAGGCAAGUCUGAAUGUGAAUGAUGAAGGAACUUGUGAUGAAGAGGACUAUGAUAGUGAGUUUGAGACUGAUGAUUUGGCUUCUUUCAGAGGUCUUGUUUUGGAUAUCUCUUACAGGCCAGUCAAUGUUGUGUGCUGGAGGCGAGCUAUAUGUUUGGAGUUCAUGGAAAAGGCUGAUGUUCUAGAAUAUUAUGAUCAGACUGUAAAUUCCCCAAGUGGAUGCUUAUACAUACCAGCGGUGUUAAGGGUUCCCCAUCUAUUGCAAGUUGUUAAGAGAAGAAGAAUCAGAUCCAAUCUUAGCCGCAAAAAUGUUCUAUUUAGGGACAAUUUCACUUGUCAGUAUUGUUCAGCUCGUGAUGACUUGACCAUAGAUCAUGUUCUGCCAGUUGCAAGAGGAGGGGAAUGGAAAUGGGAAAAUCUGGUCACCGCUUGUGCCAAAUGCAAUUCAAAGAAAGGUCAGAAAACUCUGGUGGAAGCAAAUAUGAAGCUGAUUAAGGUCCCUAAGGCCCCAAAGGAUUAUGACAUACUUGCCAUACCCUUAACAAGCUCAGCAAUGAGGAUGUUGAGGAAGAGAAAUGGCACACCUGAAGAAUGGCGUCAAUAUCUCUUCCCCACUACUGAUCCUUAGACAUUCAUUUCUACCUAUGUUACUUAGAUUUGGAUGUAAAUGUUGGAUACAGAUAUGUUUUCGUCAAAAAACAAUAAUCAAGAGUAACAUAGGUCCAUACAUACCGAUUGCUGUACAUUCUCUUAUAUUUCGUACGGUACAUUUCCAAAUCAAUGAUCACUUCUAAA